UGCCUUUUUAUCAUGAUGACAGUAAAAGCAUCAUAUCCUUUACAGUGAGCCAAGAGAAACCCUAUUUACAGCGUUAAAUCGCCUGUUUCAACACGUCGGCUGAACUAAGACCAUUUUAACCUGGUGCAGUCAUGCAUCUGGAGGUGAAGGUCGCUCUCAACUUUAUCGUGUCCUACCUGUACAACAAGCUGCCUCGGCGUCGAGCCGAUUUAUUUGGUGAGGAGCUAGAGAGGAUACUAGUGUCACGUUUUGAGGGCCAUUGGUACCCCGAGUCCCCUUUACGGGGCUCUGCCUUCCGCUGCCUUCACCUGGGGGUGCUGAGGGAUCCUGUGGUUGAGUUGGCUGCCCGGAGAAGUGGCCUGGACACAGAGGAAGUGCGUGCUAAUGUUCCUACAGAGCUCAGUGUGUGGAUCGACCCUUAUGAGGUUUCCUACCAGAUUGGAGAGAAGGGAGUGGUGAAAGUGCUCUACCUGGAGGAUCCACCUGGCCUGGGGAAUGAGGUUGAAAGGGCCGAGGUGGUGAGCGGAGAUGACAAAGGUGAUGCAGAGGUGGAGGAGGCCAAGAGUCUUGGGUUCAACCCGGAUGCUCAGGUGUUUGUGCCAAUUGGGGGCCAUGCAUCUCCUGUCCUUCUGCCCUCUGUCUGUAGCUCACCUACCCCCCUCUCUGCGCAGUCCUGCUCUGGGCUUUUCAGCUAUCCAAGCUCCAGCACCCCGACCGACCCCACCAUCCACUCCUCCAACACCUCCACCCCGUCUCCUCCGAGCGGGGGCUUGCCCUACCUCGCUACCCAGCAGCAACAACCGUCCGCUGCUCUUUCCAAUCCUCGUCCCCCCAUACAGCCAAUCACCUUCACCACUGCCAGCUUUGCCGCCACAAAAUUCGGCUCGACAAAGAUGAAGAAGUGCAGCGGGGCUGUGUCGGCUGGUGGCUCUGGUGUCGGAGCCAGCAUACCACCUCCUCAAAGGAUGCUCUCCCGCUCCCCUACCACCAUCACCCCGCCAGAGCUGCUGAAGCACAAGCCCCUGUCUCUGUCCUUGCACUCCCUGGGGGGUCCGAUCCCCAGCCAGCUCUCUCCCAACGCCAAAGAGUUUGUCUACCCAGGAUCCCCAGGGCCCCUCUACUUCGACACCGAUACCCAGCCGAUGCUGCCCCACGCCAGCCCCUUCCAACCCCCUCAUCCAGUCAAUUCCCAUCCGUCCUUUGAACCCUUCUCCAGCCCUCCCCCACCUCAGGGCGUGGGCAUCAUUGGAAGUGGCAGUGGAAUUUCCUACAUAGAGAAGCCCCCCUUCGUGGAGGGCCUUGGGAGCUACAACCUGCAAUAUCCUAGCCAGUCUUUCCAGCCGGUGGUGCUGGCCAACUAAGCCUUUACUGAAGAUAACAGUAAUGACGAGUGUUGCUGUAGCAGGAGUUUAGUAUAGAAACAGUGAUGCUCAAGGUAUUUUCAGUUUUUCUAACAUAUUGUUCUUACUACUAAUACGACAUCCUAGGGUUAGUUUUACUACAAAGAAUUACCACGUUAAUGGUGUUUUUCAUGUGACCUUUUUUU